AGAAGCAACCAAAAUUAGAAAGCAAUUCUUGGUGAUUCACUAAAAACGCCGUCGUUUAGUGGUUCCAGCAUUGGAAUUCACACCAUCCCGCCACAUCGCCUACCGAUCUCACUGACGGCCAAAAUUGACAAAAAAACCCUAAUUUUCAUUUUGCGGCUCUGUUUCCACACACAAAACCUCCGACUCUGGCGAUUUUUAUGGGUUCAAGUUGCAAGUGUUGUUAAAAAAACAAAAGAUGGAUUUGAUCAGCAAUCUACCAAACCCUCUAAUCUCCCACAUCUUGUCCUACCUUCCAACGAAAGAAGCAGCUUCAACAUCUGUUCUCUCGAAGAAAUGGCGUUACUUGUUCGCGUUUGUAACAAAUCUUGAUUUUGAUGACUCCGACUAUGAGAACGAUGUAGGAAGAAGCGAUGCUGAAAUCAGUACAAGUUUUAUGGGGUUUGUGGACAGAGUGUUGGCUUUGCAAGGGAAUCUUACCGUGAACAGAUUCUCUCUAGACUGUAGUAAUUUUGAUAUUGAUCUUGAUCGUGUCACUGGUUGGAUAUUAAAUGUGUUGGGACGCGGUGUAUCAGAUCUUGAUCUAAGCCUCUUGGAGUAUACCUUGCCUUGCGAGAUCUUUGUGAGUAAGACGCUGGUUAAGCUGAAAUUAGGACCAGGAGAGGAUCUCUGUCUCACCAUUGAUAGGAAAGAUGUUUUUCUUCCAAAGCUUAAGACUCUCUAUCUUGAUUCUGUUGUGGUUGAAGAGCGUGGUUUUGGGUUUGUUAAGCUUCUCUCUGGCUGUCCUGUGCUCGAGGAACUAGUUCUGAUGAAUAUAGGGUGGGAGUAUUGGAAGUUUUGCACUGUGUCUCUCAAAUCUCUCAAGACGCUGACGUUUUUCCGUGAGGAGGAGUACACUGAUGAGAAUCCAAAGAGCGUGUCGUUUGUUACUCCAAAUCUUGUUUACCUAGAGUACUCUGACGCUGUUGCGGGACAGUAUCCUAAAGUGAACUUUAGUUCGCUUGUUGAAGCUCAUAUCGGUCUUCGACUGACUGAUGAUCAGAGUGCAGAUGCAAACGUUUCAGAAGACGACUAUUUCCCGGAAGAUGAUGAGGGAAGACAGAUGACCGUUAAUGCAACAGAUUUUUUCAAGGGAAUUAGCAGUGUUCAGAUCCUUUACUUAUCUGCCAAAGCUAUUGAGGUACUUACUUUCUGCUGUGAGCCAAUCCCGGUAUUCAACAACCUGAUUCAGUUAACGAUUGAGAGUCACUCGGAAGUUGGAUGGGAUUCACUGCCAGGUCUACUCAAGAAUUGUCCAAAUCUCGAAACCCUUGUUUUAAAGCGUCUUAUCCACAAGUAUAACAAGGCAUGUGGGAACGUGUGCUGUUGUAAACGUCCGAAGCAUCCUUCUUGCCUUUCAUCUUCUCCGGUGAAGGUGCUAAAGAUUUUUCUGUUUGAUGACAACGAUGAAGAAGACGGGUCAGAAAUACUGCAGAUUAGGUAUUUCUUGGAGAAAAUGCCGCGUCUUGAACAGUUGAUUGUGUACUACAAUACGUCGUAUGACCCUGCUGUGUUAAACUUAUCCAAGAAGCUUCAGAAGGUUCCUAAAGUAGCUUCACCAAAGUGCAAGAUCCAGGUAGUCUCUGAGAAUCUUAGUUUGACAUGCACUGUUCCUUCUUUCUUAACAACGAAAUGGUCUGCUCUUCCUCCCGAAGAAGAACAUCGCUGGCCUGAGUCUCCUCCUCCUACCGAGAUAAAAGAUCCCAUGCUUAUGUAUUGUUCUUCCCCAGAAGACGAAGAUUACUGGUUCAACUAGGCUUUGAUCUAAACUCAAAGCAAUUAAAGAUUUCCUCUGUUUCUGUCUUUUUGUACUUUUGCACUCUCUAGCUCUUGUCUUUUUUGAAACUGAGAAUGUUAAAACUUUAUGUGAUGUUUGUUUCCCCCUUAUUCUGUGGUGUUAAAACUGUUUGUUCCAACU